CCGUCACCCGUCGACAUCCUUAAGCGUUGCCCCACGGUCCUCCUGUUCAGCGCCUAUAACCUCUUGACCUUUGACCUUGCGAACCAACGAUCGCCCGAGUCGAUUGCUGAAGACCGUGCAAACAAACCGUGGCGUCCGAUCCCAUCGGGCAAGAUCACCCCAGAGAAGACUCGCCAAGCACUCCUCUGCCUCCUUCCGGUGGCACUAUGGUACUACAAUGACCUCACGGCCGGCGACUCAGUCUUCCGUGAUGCCAUCAUAGCCAUAUCAUAUGGUCUUUUCAACCUGGCUUCGCUCCGGCUGGCCAUCGGCCCCCACAACAGCGCCACUCAUCGCGGCCACGCGUGGACGGCGUUGAUCAGCGCCGUUAUCCUCACCACGAUGCACAUCCAGGAUCUCAAGGACCAGGCAGGUGAUCGCCAGCGCAGCCGGAAGACCGUCCCUCUCCUUUCUGGGGACGGAGUGGCGCGCUUGGCGCUGGCCUUCUGCGUCUUGUUCUGGUCCUGCGCCUGCGCCUCCUUUUGGCAGCUUACAUGGCGCACCUAUGCCUUGUCGGUUGGCCUGAGCGGGUUCAUCGCUUGGAGGGUGCUGAGAAAGAGGGAGGCUCGCGAGGAUGCGCGCACAUGGCGGUUAUGUUGUCUCUGGCACUCAAUGCUGUAUGCAGGCCCCCUGUUUGGCAGAGCAUGA